CCACCCCAACUGGCAUUUGAAAGCAGCGGACCGAGGCCAGUCGUCGGUGUGCGCGCCGUGUGCCGAGGCUUCAACGAACAAGACACGCCACGAGCCUCCGCUAAAGCUUACAUCGGUCGAUCUGCGCAGCAAGACGCGCUCCAUAUCAACUGCGCCAACGCCGGCUGAAAAGUUCCUAGCUCCAAGUGUCGACAUCGUCUGUGUAGAGCUGCAAAGAUGCCGCACACAUACGCCACGGGACCAACCCCGUUGCACAAGGUGCAAAAGCCUCCUUACACAGUCGAAGCAUCGGGCUUUCGGCCGGUCGAGAGCGAGACGAUCCCGCGACGGCAUCCCAAGGCAAAAUAUGGCCUGAUUGAGCGACCGGCUCCCGAUGUCAACACCACCUUCGACCUUCUCAAGCGCAGUGCAGAGCUCUACAGCAACGAGCCCGCCGUGGGCAGCCGGAAGCUGAUCAAGACUCACAAAGAAGAGAAGAAGAUCCCCAAGGUCGUCGACGGUCAAACGAAGGAGGUCGAGAAAGAAUGGACAUACUACGAACUCUCAAAUUACUCGUACAUGACGUACAAAGAAUACUUUGCCAUGGUGCUGCAAGUGGGUGCUGGCUUGAGGAAGCUGGGGUUGUCUCCAAAGGAUAGGUUGCACAUUUUUGCCACUACGAGUCCUCAAUGGCUGGCAAUGGCGCAUGCGUGCUCCUCGCAGUCUAUGGCCAUAGUUACAGCAUACGACACUCUCGGCGAGAGUGGCGUCGAGCACUCGCUAGUGCAGAGCAAGGCAAACGCCAUGUUUGUCGAUCCUCACCUCUUCAAGACAAUAAGGAACCCACUCAAGAAGGCAGAAUCGGUCAAGGUCUUGGUGUACAACGAGGCUAGUCACCUGCCCGUUUCCGAGGCCGAACUCGAGGAGUUCAAGUCCUCCUACCCGGAACUCACCGUUCUGUCGUUCGAAGAGCUUCGCGCUCUUGGCGAAGACAACCCGACAGAGCCUGUGUUGCCUGGUCCGGAAGAGUUAUACUGCAUCAUGUACACCUCGGGGAGCACCGGCCCGCCGAAAGGUGUCCCCGUGUCCCACGCCGGCUUCGUCGCUGCCGUGGCGGGCCUGUACACCGUUAUGGAAGAGGCUGUCAGCCACCGCGAGUACGUCCUGGCAUACCUGCCGCUAGCUCACAUCUUUGAGCUGGUGCUCGAGAAUCUGGUCAUUUUUGUCGGUGCCACCCUCGGGUACGGCCACCCGCGGACUCUCGCAGAUACAAGCAUGCGUAACUGUCAUGGUGACAUGCGCACCUUUGCACCGACUGUCAUGGUUGGCGUCCCUCAGAUAUGGGAAACCGUUAAGAAAGGCAUCGAAAGCAAAGUCAACUCUUCCGGCGCGGUCACCCGCACGCUCUUCUGGUCCGCCGUCAGCCUGAAAUCCUUCCUCGUCCGGAACGGGCUCCCCGGCGCCGGCAUCCUCGAUCGCCUUGUGUUUUCCAAAGUCCGCGAAAUGACCGGAGGCCGGCUGCGCUUCAUUGUCAACGGUGCAAGCGGCAUCGCAGCCCCAACCUUGCACUUCAUGUCGAUGGUGGUCGCGCCCAUGCUCAACGGCUACGGCCUGACUGAGACCUGCGGCAACGGCGCGCUCGGCUGCCCCUUGCAGUGGACGCCCGACGCAAUCGGGCCCAUUCCCGCUGCGGUCGAGGUCAAGCUCGUCUCCCUCCCAGACCUGGACUAUUCCACUGCGGCCACCCCGCCGCAGGGAGAGAUCCUCAUUCGCGGCGCGCCGGUACUCAAGGAGUACUUUGAGAACCCCGAGGAAACAGCCAAGGCAGUCACACCCGACGGGUGGUUCCGCACGGGCGACAUCGGCCAGUUCGACGCCGAUGGCCAUGUCCGCGUCAUCGACCGCGUCAAGAACUUGGUCAAGCUCCAGGGCGGCGAGUACAUCGCGCUGGAGAAGCUGGAAGCCAUCUACCGCGGCGUCGGGUAUGUGCAGAACAUCAUGGUGCACGGGGACAGCUCGAACCCCCGGCCGAUUGCGAUUGUGGUGGCGAACGACAAGGCGCUGGCUAAGAAAGCCCGGGAGUUAGGCGUCGAGGAGAAAGGGAUGCAUACCGACAAGAGGGUGAGGGGUGCGGUGCUCAAGGCGCUGCAGGAUGUGGCGAAGAAGGAGAACCUCAGCGCCAUGGAGACGGUGGCUGGGGUGGUGAUUGUUGAUGAAGAGUGGACGCCCGCGAAUGGCCUUGUGACGGCCACGCAAAAGAUCAAUCGAAAGACAAUCAGAGAGAAGUACGAAAAGGAGAUCAAGGAUUGCAUGGCUGGGAAAUAGUUGAAACAGGAUGGUCGUUGCAUCUGGUCGUUGGGAUUUGUAUGAUGAUGUUCGUCUGGGUAUGACCAUUAUUGGGUUUGGCGGAGUUGUGC